AUGUCCGACUUAGUAGAGUACUCAGUUGUCAACGUGUGUCGAAGCGACGGCCAGGACAAUGGAGCGGGUUACUGGCCAACCCCUGCCGAUACGGCUGCGAAGAACGCGAAGAAGACAGCACUGGAGAAGGUACCAAGAGCGAAACCUCAAAUGGUGCGGUUAGACAAAGAUGACGCAAGAUUUCAAGAGUGGCGCAUAAAGCUGGGAAUCUUGUUGAAGCAAGAACUCUCUCCGACAGAGGGUCUCCCCUGGCUCCUGCAUUUUCCACGGGGCUACUGGCUGUACGAAAAGUCCAAGCAUCUUUGGGUCUCGGGGCAUCCAGUGAAGUCGAAGCUUUACAAGAGCCCGCAGGAAUUUGGUCUUCAUGUCCUAUGGCUCCUGUCCGGCUCGAUGGACCGAACUGACUGCCGUUGCAUUCACUGCAACGUUCGCGAAAUGCCAAACAUGGAGGAUUUGACUGUCUCGGAUGUUCCUCGGCCUCUGCCAACAGCGAACAACACUCAGCCACCGUCCAAGAUGCGCAAGAUUACACCUCAAAUACCGCCAGGCGUUGCGGGGUCCCCGAUACCCGCUCCCGCAGCGGCGUCAACGCCUCCCAUCGCGAAGAAGGAGACACCUGUGCCAGUGCCUACCCCAAUGGCGAAGAAGGAAACUCCAGUUCCGAUACCGACGAUACCUUCGCGUGCGGUGCCAGCCCCCGCCCCGGCGCAAGCCCCAGUUCAGCCUAAGCCUCCUGUGCAGCAACAGCAGCAGCAGCAACAACAGCAGCAGCACCCUCCUCAGCCGAUCCAGGCAACUCCUGUUCAUCCGCAAGCUCAGGCUCCAUCACAGGUUCCCGUUCAACCUCAAGUCCAGCAACCAGUCCAGACACCAGUCCAGCAACCAGUCCAGCAACCAGUCCAGCAACCAGUCCAGCAACCAGUCCAGCAACCAGUCCAGCAACCAGUCCAGCAACCAGUCCAGCAACAAAUCCAGCAGCCGACCCAGCAGCAACAGCAAGUUCAGCAACAGCCUGCACCAGCUCCGACCCAGGCUCAACAGCAGGUUCAACCUCAGGUACAUGCGCCGGCACCGCCGGUCUAUCAGCAACCGCAGUUCCUGCCUUACCCGCCGCCUUACGGUGGAAUUGUAGCUCCGGCGCUGUUCCGCGUCGGAGAACUGGUUUGGUUCCAGAUAUCGUCAGGUUGGCGUUUGGGCAUCGUGGCUGCUACAGGUAUUAUCAACCCCAAUACCAACAAAGCCGAGCUUCAGAUUCUCCCAAUGUCACAUGUCAACUUUAAUCAGUCGCCCAUCCAGACACUGGAAGCGACAACGCGCCCGUUUCUUGCAUUUUCGGUGCCUAACGUCAGCAUUUCGGAUCUACAAAACAAGGCCUACGACGAGGUCGAUUGGGAUGCCUUCUUCCAGACGAUUACUCCGGAAGACACGCACCGCCGCGAGGUUGCGCUACUCGACUCCUCCAAGAUGGCCGCCCAGAAGGUUGGCGUGUCGUUCUCUGUUUUCAGCCGACUUUCCGAGACCAAUGGAGGGAAGAAGAUCGACUACCACGGUAUCUUCCUGGGCGCCGAGCGGAUCGAACUUGGUGAUGUCCUGCGCGUGCGUCUUUCCGCUGAGCAAGGCGUACCUCCCGCGGCGGCGAAUCUCCCCGACGCACUCCUCGGCCUCCGUGAGAUCUGCACCGCGCCUAUCGAUUCACCUGGUAAUGCAUUCUUCAAGGGAGAUAUAUACCAGCCCAUCACCGGCGACAACCAACCCGUGGGUGGCAUCCCAGUACCGGAUGACAAACUCCCGCGCCCACUGCGCGACGAGAUUGCGUUCCGCAAUAAGUUUGCCGCGAGCGACCGCUGGCGCUGCGUGCUCCUCAAGCAGAACGCUGUCCUUCGCGAGCCGGAUCUCAAGGGCCGAUUCUACCCCACGCAUAAGCUCCUACCCCUGCUCGAUGGCCAAGCCAAAGUUCUUGCUGAGGUGCAGAAAGGCAUCGUGCGUGACGUGCAGCAGCGACUCAACCAGCGCAUCGACACGUUCAAGACGGCGUACAUUGGCCAGAAGCGGACCCGCGUCGAGACUUUCGGGCCUGCCCUGCCUCCUGGCAGCGUGAUCCAGUUUGAGCAAUCCGUACGUGAGGAUGGCGCCUAG